GAGAAUCGUAGCUCCAGUAGACUUUGAUCUGGUACCGUCAAAUUCUAGGGAACUUCAACCAAACCAUAACCAUGAAUUGUCUUCUGCUUGUGACGUGUUUUUCCGCCAUUUUUGUCGCCUCUCUGGCGCUGGUCUCCAACUGGAACCAAGAGAUGCGUGACUACGUCCUUGAACUUCACAACGACAAGAGGAGGAAGGAGGGAGGUUGCCAGAUCAACAAGCUCAUCUACGACAUGGACCUAGAAAAUCAGGCGAGACGAUGGGCCGAGGGCUGCGUCUACAAGCACGAGUCUCUGCCUGGGAGGGGAGAGAACUUGGCCUGGAACUCUAUGGAGCAGCCUGAGAAGGAAUUGAUCCUGGGCGGGUUCACUGCCUGGUUUGAUGAGAAGAAUUUGUACAGUUACGGCCAGGACUCGUGUUCUAUGUCCUGUCACUACACACAGCUGGUGUGGGACAAGACCCAGAAGGUCGGCUGCUGGUCAACCAGAUGUCCCAACCUGAGAAACGCCUACCAAAACGCCUGGUGGUUGGUCUGCUUCUACACCCCCAUGGGCAACUGGAACAGGCAAAGACCUUACCAGAAGUCCUGCAAGUCUCCCUGCAGGAAAGGUCAGACCGAAGAGAACGGUCUCUGUCUGGGUGACAUGCCCGACGAGAGCGAGGAGAGAGAGUGCAAGGACGAGAACCCAAGAUGUCAGGAGUGGGCCAACAGGAACCAGUGUGUCUCCAACCCUGCCUACAUGAAGGAACGUUGCCGUCUUGCCUGUAAGGUUUGCAAACCGUAACCUGCCAGAUUUUUAUCAAUCCCCCAGCCUAAAUUAGGCGUACGACUACUUAUGGCACACCAAUCAGUCCGAACGAAACACGACACACGACGCAUGCUCAAACUACACAUUUUAUUUUCGUAAAACUACCAGAGAAUGAUAAAGAUUCUAUAUUUUAAAUUAAAACAGAAUUGUACAUAUUUAUAUUUUUUCACGGGUUUGUCAAUCAAAUUAGCUUAUAUUGUAUCUAAAGAUUCACAGAGUCGCCUUUGUGCCCAUAAGCAUUUGACUUUCGUGGUUUGUACCUGAAUCUUCUAAAAACAUGUUUUGCUCUGUUAAUUAAGGAAAUUAACAUAAAUUUAUGAAAACGUAUAUAUAUAUAUAUAUAUAUAUAUAUAUAUAUAUAUAUAUAUAUAUAUAUAUAUAUAUAUAUAUAUAUAUAAUUAAUUGCAACAUGUAACAACAGAACAGCAGGAAAAUAUUUGUCAAUUUGAUUGUAUAACAUUAGAGAUGUGCACUAUUUUUUCAAGAGCUUCUCUGAGAAUAAAAACAUUGUGAAAUGACUCA